AAUCUUUUUUACACGCUCUGUUUAUUCUCUCAGCACUUGGAUGUUUCCUCACAUAAAACACCAUGCUAAUAACACGUAGUUAACAUUUCUGUGCGUUUCAACACUGCUGAAUGCUGUUAAAGUCUAGCAAGAGUUCAAGCAGUUUAUUUAGUUUGUACCCAAAGUAAUCUGUAAAGUCUCAAGUUCCUGCUGCAGCUCCCUCACCUUUCACCUACAUCAGGUAAAUAAGAGUUAAUUUGUCAAGCAACACAGUUACACGUUCAGGACUCACACAGAGUUGAUUGGCUUGUUGGAAGUUAAUCAUUACCGUUUUUAACAACCACAGAGACUCUAAGACUUGUGCUGCGUUUGCUUUUCCUGAGACUCUUCUUCUAACAGAUCACCUCUGCUGUUUUUUUUAAUUUUUCCCCAGGUAACUCUCCGACAGACAUGACCGACUCCAAGCUGAAGCCCAAGAGCUGGAGCGAUGAAGCCGAGGGUCCGGACGGGGGCUGGGGCUGGGUGCUGGUGGCUGCCAUGUUCAUCAGCACCAGCCUGGUCUUCGGCCUGAUGCGCAGCCUGGGGAUCUUCUUCGUGGAGUUCGUCCAGUACUUCGAGGAGAGCGCUCAGGCCAUCUCCUGGAUCUCGUCCAUCGGCCUGGCAGCGCAGCAGUUCUUCAGUCCACUGGGUGCAGCUCUUAGUAACGCUUAUAACGCCAGGCUGGUGGUGAUGAUAGGAGGCUUCCUCUCUGGGCUCGGACUCAUUCUGGCCUCACAGUCCACUUGUCUUCUCCAUCUCUACCUCACUAUGGGAGCAAUCUCAGGUUUAGGGUGGGGGCUGGUUUUUACUCCCAUGGUGGCCACAGUCAUGGCUAACUUCACCCGCCGGCGGGCUCUGGCUUUAGGACUGGGCUUCUCCAGCAUCGGUCUGUCUUCCUUCGCUUUUAACCCUCUCUUCCAGCUGCUGGUGGAGACGUACGCCUGGCGAGGCGCCCUGCUCAUUCUGGGGGGUCUCAGCCUCAACAUCGUGGCCUGCGGAGCCCUCAUCCGCCCAGAUUGCCGCCCUAAAGCCCAGGCAACGGAGGACCCUCAGAGCAGCUCCUCGUGUUCUGAGCUGCUGCAGAGAGUGUCCUCCUACCUGGAGCUGUCUCUGCUGUGUGAGAGGCCGUACAUCACCUACACUUUAGCUGUGACUCUGUUCAACUUCGGCUACUUUGUGCCGUAUUUCCACCUGGUGGCCCACAGCCGCCAGGCCGGCUUCUCGGAGUACCAGGCCGCUUUCGUCAUGUCGGCUGCAGGAGCCACGGACAUUCUGGGCCGGGUGGUGUCGGGGUGGUUCUCGGACCUGGGCCACUUCCGGACCGUGCACCUGCUGACCCUGUGGACGGUUCUGGCGGGAGCGUCCAUCAUGCUGCUGCCGGUCGGCUCUUUGAGCGGCUCCUACGCCACGCUGGUUGUGAUCAGCCUCCUGUACGGCUUCAGCUCCGGAGCGCUGACCUCUCUGGUGUUUGCCGUGGUGCCGAUGAUCGUGGGCGUGCAGCGGGUGAUGGGGGGCCUCGGGCUGCUGCAGCUCAUAGAGAGCAGCGCGGGACUGCUGGGGACGCCUCUGUCAGGUUGGCUCAGGGACRUCACAGGGAACUACCUGGCCUCCUUCAUGGUGGCCGGCUCCUUCCUGCUCCUCGGCAGCCUCACACUGGCCACCCUGCCUCACUACGUCUCCUGCACGGACCCCCCUCCUCCUCCUCAGAGACACAGCAGCAGGAGUGAAGUCAUGAAGAAGGUUCUCACUGACUCAAACCCACAGAGUGGCUGAAGAGUCAGAGAGGCCAAGUUCAGACAAGUGGACGUCGUCAGCGUGUUUGACCUCAGGUCCAAAAUGAUGCUUCAGGUGAAACGUGAAGAAAAGGUGCUGAGAAAGUAGAGUUUCAGGUAAAAUACAACAAGGAGUUUUAUUUUGGUAGCAGAAAACGGAUGAUGCAGCUAAAAAAUGCUGUUGCCCCAUSAGAAUAUUAAAUAUUCACCUUAUUAUAUAUAUUUUUUCUUUGUUCACUGAAACUGUGUUCCCUGAAUGCACCACGGAUGAUUAAUAAACCUGUUACCUGAACUCACCACGGAUGAUUAAUAAACGUGUUACCUGAACUCACCACGGAUGAUUACUGUACCUGUGUUCCCUGAACUCACCACGGAUGAUUACUGUACCUGUGUUCCCUGAAUGCGCCACUGAUUACUCAACCUGUUACCUGAACACACCACAGAUGAUUACUAAAUCUGUUCCCUGAACKCACCACGGAUGAUUACUGAACAUGUGUUCCCUGAACGCAUCACAGAUGCUUACUGAAACUGUGUUCCCUGAACUCACCACGGAUGAUUACUGAACAUGUGUUCCCUGAACGCACCACAGAUGAUAACCUGAGAAUCCUCCAUCUUCAGAAAGCUGCUGCUGUUUGAGCACAUUGUUUCAUGAGUCAUUAUUUUACAGAUUGAUAAAAAAAUUAAUGUUAUUUAUAAAAUGUAAACAUUUUGUUUAUAUGAUGCAUUGUAUCAAGUGGUAAUGUUUUCAUACAGUGUGUUUGGAGUUUAUCUUUAAACGUCAGGAGAGUCUCAGGGUUCAAAUAAUUUUUCACUUUGUGUUUAAUAGCUUGAAGUUUUUUUUAAUCUAAGAAAAAAAAGGUCCACACGUCUGUAAAGACCUGUCUGUUUGCUCUCACUGUUAACACUUAGGUUAACACUCAUCUAGCUGCAACGAGCUGAGCGAUCGUGGAAUCGCAGCACUUGGCCUCAGGAAUUUCUCCUCGGUCGGAGCUUUGUGCGGCCCUGCAGGAUGUCGGUGUUUCAAACAGAUGGUCCGGUGCUUUUGUUUGGACAAACACCAGGUUUUCCUCUGGGUCACGGUGAACCGCUGGGUUGGUUUAUUGCAACAGCUUUGGUUAAAGUUUAGCAGCGAUUUUGUAACUGUUUAAAGGUAAAAAUGUAAAAAUGUUCACUUGAAUAGAAGUUUUUUUUUCCACUCAAACUGACGUUUUAGUUUCAUAUCUAAAGGUUUAACAUCAUAAAGACUGGACAAAAAAAAGAAAAUUAUACUGAUGGUUAAUGUAUUUUUAAAUUAAAAUAUUGUAAGCAAAA